AGGGUUCUUUCUAUUAGUAUCAUGGGGCUUUUCACGGCAACUGGUUACUUUCUAAUAGUGCUUGUUACUGUUCGGGCUAACUCACUUGAAUCAGGAAGCAGAAUUAUAGGUGGGGUAAACUAUGGCAUCGAGAAAAUUCCGUAUCAAUUGUCCUUGGAAAAGUCAGGAAAACACAUCUGUGGAGCUACUAUACUUGGCGAAAAACGUGCAAUAACAGCCGCUCAUUGCACAUUUGGAAUUCCUGCUUCUGAACUUAAGGUUCGAGUAGGAUCUAAUCAAAUACAAAACGGAGGUCAGCUUAUCCAAGUAUCAAAUUGCAGUCAACAUCCCAAUUUCGAUAACAUAACCUUAGAGAAUGACAUAUCAAUUCUGCUACUGGAAAACUCUAUUAAAAUGAACAAGACAAUUAAAGCAAUUGAUCCAAAUUGGAAAGAUGCAAUUAAAGUUAAUACUACUGUACUUACUUCCGGCUGGGAUGGAAAUAUAUUGCAUGCUCUCAACCUCAGUAUCAUUGAUCGUGACACAUGCCAAAAAUAUUUCACUAUGGUAAGAUUAACUAACAAUAAGAUUUGCGCUACAUCGAAUGAUACCAAAAAUGGACCAUGUGAAGAUGAUUCCGGCAGUGCUUUAGUAUUGAAUAAUAAAUUAAUUGGUAUUACAUCUUGGACCAAGUGUAAUUCCACCAAUUUUCCAACUAUAUUCACAAACGUUCAAAAUUAUGAAGACUUCAUAAAAAUAUACUCUAACGGUGUUUUCAAAAUGUCAUUAAGUAAUAUCGCUUAUUUUAUUUGUAUACUACACAUUAUAUUUAAUUCAUUUAAUUGAUCAUAUUCUAUUAAU